AUGAAUGAGAACAUUACGUUGGAACUAAACUUAAGCAGCAGCCACAAUUGGUUGCUGCACGAGGUGACCACAAUGGGCAGCAUCAACAACGGCAGCAACAGCACAGACGAGGACCAAAGAUUCAGUUAUGCUGAAAUCGAAGAAAUACGAAGUGUUAUACGCUGGGUGGUGCCCAUUUUCUUUGGCAUCAUUGCCAUCACUGGAUUCCUGGGCAACCUGUUGGUCAUCCUCGUUGUGGUGCUCAACAAGAACAUGCACUCGACAACCAAUUUGCUGAUUGUGAAUUUGGCUGCCGCCGAUCUGAUGUUUGUCAUCUUUUGUGUCCCCUUCACGGGCAUCGAUUAUGUGAUCAUGAAUUGGCCCUUUGGCACUCUGUGGUGUCGCACAGUUCAGUAUUUGAUUGUGGUCACCGCGUAUGCUUCGAUCUACACGCUUGUGCUGAUGUCGGUGGAUCGCUUCUUGGCCGUGGUGCAUCCGAUUCGAUCGCGUAUGCUGCGAACGGAGCACAUCACAAAAAUUGCCAUCUUCACGCUGUGGGCCGUUGUUUUGACCAUCUCGAUGCCGGUCACCUUUGCGCAUGACAUUGUGAUCUCCCACGAUAACAACACAAACAUCACCAUGGCCUUCUGUCGCUUCACCGAUAACGAUUGGCUUCAUGUGUCCACCUAUCAGGUGACAUUCUUCACCACUUCAUAUUUGCUGCCCCUGAUGAUCAUCAGCGGUUUGUAUGUGCGCAUGAUUAUGCGACUUUGGCGCCAAGGCAGCGGCGUUCGGAUGUCCAAGGAAUCGCAACGUGGACGCAAGCGAGUCACUCGCUUAGUUGUUGUGGUUGUCAUUGCGUUUGCUUCGCUCUGGCUGCCAGUGCAGCUCUAUAUGCUGCUGCGUGCACUUGAGGUCUACACGUCGACAACGAUGUUUAGCGUCAUUCUGCAGGUGAUUGCGCACACAAUGGCCUACACUAGUUCCUGCAUCAAUCCUCUGCUCUAUGCUUUUCUCUCGGACAACUUCCGCAAGGCUUUCUAUAAGGCCAUUAACUGCUCGAAUCGCUACCAGAAUUACACAUCUGAUUUGCCGCCGCCACGGAAAACAUCCUGUGCCCGCACCUCAACAACGGGACUCUAAGCGCCACUUUGGCUUCGCAAAACUCGCCCCCAAACAGCUGGCAAUGGGAAUAGUCCAACAACAACACAAUGUUAUAUAUAAUAUAUACAUAUAUAGUAUGCUUAGUCGUAUCGAAAGCUGAGCUGAGCCAAGUGAUUGACCGACACACACACAUAGAAGGAACUGCGAUGAAGAUGUAGACGACAACGAGCAGCUGGGCAACUGGAAUUGGAGCUGAGAGCUGAGGGAGGCAGAUUGAUUGCCUUGUGGACGCUUGCAGCGUCGUUUUGGACGUGGCCAACCGGCUAAAUACGAGCAAUUAUGGGCUGAGCAUGUGCCGUUAAUUAACGGGCAACGGCGUCAAAAUGAAAGGACCAAAAAGUUAUCAACAACAACAAACAAAAACGAACUAAAAAUCGCUGAAUAAAUGGCGAAUCGCGUUUUGAAGUCGCAUUGCGCUUUGAGCGCACCAUUAAAUAUAUAUAUAUUUGUAUAUUUAUAUAUUGAAUACUUAAAGUAUAGAUAUUGAUGUAUAUAUUUGUAUGUAUGUGUAUUGUAGGCUAAUAUUCUAUGUUCUAUCGGAAUUAACUCGCUUAAUUUUAUGAGCCACGCGCCUCGUCUCAAGCCGUGUGCAUUGAGGCGACAUUUGAGUGUAAACAGAACUCUUAAUUGCGCAGCUCUUCAGCUAAUUCAGUGUAAACAAUAAAAAUGAAUCA